AGGAAGACUGCUUGUAUCUCUUCACUCCAGCUACAGAGGACUUCGGACUGACCAUGGCAUUCGGUGGUAUCCUGAGUGAUGCUGACGUCUCUGCUGCUCUGCAGAACUGCCAAGCUCCUGAAUCCUUCAACUUCAAAACUUUCUUUGCCCAGUCUGGCCUGAGCAGCAAGUCCGACAAUGAUGUGAGGAACGUCUUUGCCAUCCUUGACCAGGACAGGAGCGGCUUCAUUGAGGAAGAUGAACUGAAACUGUUCCUCCAGAACUUCAACGCAGGUGCCAGGGCUUUAACUGAUGCUGAGACCAAGGCCUUCCUGAAUGCUGGUGACUCUGAUGGUGAUGGCAAAAUUGGAGUUGAUGAGUUCCAGGCUUUGGUGAAAAACUAAUUUUUUAAAAAACUGGAAUAUGCGAAACAUCAGAAAAGAUGAAUUUGGUUUUCUGCAUUAAACUGAUCCAAGUGAAACCUGGUUUAGCGGAACACAGAUGCCUCUUCAAUAUUUCUCCUCAUGAGAAAAGUUGUGAUGUCAUCAUGCGGUGGUGGGAUCCAUUUAUUAAUUCACCAGAGAAGCAUGGUUACCCUUGUCUACAGUUUAUCCAAGGGCCCCUUCGUUAAACCAACAUAUUUAUUCUCAUUUUUAUACUAAUAACGUUGUCAAUUGUUUACACUGUUGAGACUUUUACAAAUCCAUGAACUUGCAAUUCUUGCUUCAGUUUCCUGUGGACUGAGGCAGGCAUACAAGAAACAAAUUGCUCUCAAUAAAUCAUUUUUGGAAUCA